AUGGCUAUUCAUUGGAAGAGGAAGCUAGGGCUGGCUUCGAUCCUGGCAUUCACUAGUCCGGCAGAUUGUGCAAAUGGGGUGUCUUACCAAUCUCGGCCAGAUAUCCGUGCCCCAGUGCUCGAGAUCAGCUUCAAAAAUGAUAGCCUCAUCACCCCAGGGUACAUCUUCAUCGCACCCUACUACGGGGAUAUGCCAGGACCAUAUAUAUACGACACCAACGCUAAUCUGGUAUGGAGCGGCGCCGACGGCUCGACCACCGACAUCUUCCAUGACCUGCAUGUCUGCGCCUACAAUGGAUCCGAUCACCUGUGCUACUUCCAGGGAGAGCAGAUAGGCGGAUACGCACGGGGCCACCACGAGAUCCUGGACCGCAGCUACAGCCCUAGUGCGUCGGUCGAGAGCGGCAACGGGCUAGAAAUGAGCGACAUGCACGAAUCCGCCGUCAUUAACAGCACGAGCAUGCUCAUCCCGAUCUACCAGCCGCGGACGACCGACCUAACGGCAUACAACAUCGUCCCAGGGCCCGGGUGGGUGAUCGACAGUGUGUUCCAAGAGAUCGACAUCGCAUCCGGCGCGGUGCUCUUCCAGUGGAGCUCGCUGGACCACGUCGCGACGAGCGAAUCCUACACGCCGCCGGGGCUCAACCAGGUGGUCGGUGACGGGCGCAGCAAUGCGUCGGCAUGGGACUACUUCCACAUCAACUCGAUCGACAAGAACGGGGAGGGCGACUACCUGGUGUCGGCGCGACACACCAGCGGGAUCUAUAAGAUCUCCGGAGCCGACGGGUCGGUGAUGUGGCGACUUGGGGGCACCAACUCGACAAUCCAGCUGGCGAACUACAACUUCUCGUCGCAGCACGAUGCGCGCUUCCGCGAGGAGAAUGCCACGACCACCGUGCUGUCGCUGUUCGACAACGGGAGCGACAAAUACCGGAACACGUCCGCGUUCUCCUCGGGCAUGAUCGUUGCCAUCGACCAUACCACCGACACUUCCACCCUCCUCAGAAGCUAUACAGCUCCCAGCGCGGGCAUCCAGGCUUGGAGUCAGGGUAAUUGUCAGAUCCUGCCUAAUAGAAACGCGUUUAUCGGCUGGGGUAACAUCCCGUCUAUGUCGGAGCACCUCGAGGACGGCACGCCAGUCUUCUUCGCUUCCAUCGCCGACUUCCACACCAUGAAUUACCGCGCCUACAAGUAUGAGUGGUCCGCCCAGCCCCACGAGCCGCCGGCCCUGCGAGCGUAUAGCCCAUCUCCAAAUGCUGCUACCACGUUUUGGAUGAGCUGGAACGGGGCCACGGAGGUCGAUUACUGGAAUAUCUAUGCCUCGACUUCUGCUGCAGCGGAUCAGUUGACGCCCAUUGCUCAGGCGGAUAAUGUUGGUUUUCAGACGACUUAUACUAGUUCUGCGUACCAUCCUAAAGCGUUUGUCGAGGCUAUUGGGAAGGACGGGAGAAGCCUGGCGAACUCCUCGACCGUCUCGACGUCUUCGAUUCUGCCGGGAUGA